GCUUAUAUAGCUCACAAGUCAUUCUAAUUUUAACUUUCACAGAGUAAGGUAUGAUUAUAUAUCAUCACUCUCGAGGAAAAGGUUUAAUUAAUAAACUUAUAAACAAGUUGCCAUUUGAAUUACAUUUGCCAGGUUAUCAAUAUUGUGGACCUGGUACAAAGUUAGCAAAACGUCUAGACCGAGGUGAUCCAGGUGUUAAUCCAUUAGACGCCGCUUGUAAAGAGCACGAUAUUGCUUACUCGAAAAAUCGAGAAAACGUUGAAAAAAGAAACGCUGCUGAUAGAGUAUUAGCUGACAAAGCGUGGCAACGUGUAUUUGCACCAGACGCACGAUAUAGUGAAAGAGCUGCAGCUUACGCAAUAACAAACGCUAUGAAAGCAAAAUCAAAAUUUGGAAUGGGAGUAAAGAAGAAGAAGAUAAAAUCAAAGAAGCGAGUAAAUCUUAGGAAAAUUGUGGAUGCUGCAAGAAAAUCAAUAAUUCCUGGUAAUGAUGCUCGAUCAACAAUAAAGUCAGCUAUUGAAACAGCUCGAAAAGCUGUAAGGAAUGCAGGUGGUAGAGAAAAAGUUUUAACACCUCGUAUUCUACCUGUGCCAUCAAAAGUUGGUGGUCUGUUACCAUUAAUUCCAAUUUUUGCUGGGCUAAGUGCACUUGGAGCACUUACUGGGGGAGCUGCUGGUGUAGCAAAAGCUGUUAAUGAUGCAAGUGCAGCAAAAGAGCAGUUAAAGGAAGCUCAGCGUCACAAUAGAGAGUUGGAAGCAGUUGCACUUGGUAAAGGUCUACAUUUAAAACCAUACCGACAAGGGUUGGGACUUCAUUUAAAACCAUACGUUAAAGGACAAGGUAUUAAGAGACAAUGUACGAAAAAAAAAGUUUAAAGCUACCUCAACGAGCACUUACUGAUCUAGAUUUACUUAAAUAUGCUAAAGAAAUGAAAAUUCCUCAUUUUCGA